AUGUCCUCCCAAUCCGAUUGGCACACAGUAUCAGCACGUAUCCCGUUCGCCACACCCGCACACGCUGUUCUCGCAAAACAGGUCAUCGAUGUCGACCGAGAACUGCAACCGCACGCCGUCAAGCGCGUGCUCUCCGUUGAGGAUCAUGUACUGAUUGCGACAUUCGAGACGUUGACAAGAGAAAACCGUAGCAGCAUUCUCCUCAAUGUAAACCAAGCUAUACUAAGCCAGCCGUUCGCGCAGCCAGGAAUCACCUCGCAUCUUCACACUGUAUCCUACGUUCAUCUCCGUGUAUUUGCCUAUUGA